CACUGGAAAGCUGCACGUCGGUUUAGAAACCCUCCGCCGCCGAUUGCUACUCUUCCUCUCUCUCUUCGCCGCCGAUUGUUAAUCUUACUCUCUCCCCCGCCGCAUUAUCUCUCUCUUAAACUCGCUCAUACUGCCGUCGAUCUCCUUUUGAUCCAAUCUAGAGUUAAUCGUUUGAUGGGAAGCAACGGAAGAGUUCCUCCACCGCAUCACAUGCGUCGUCCUGGCCUCCCUCACCCGGAGGCUUUUGCCUCCGUUCCUUCCUUCAACAUGCUCCCUCCACCUCAUCUCAUGGAGCAAAAACUCGCGGCGCAGCACGGUGAAAUGCAGAGACUAGCCAUAGAGAAUCAGAGGCUUGCUGCUACUCAUGGUAACCUGAGACAAGAGCUAGCAGCAGCGCAGCACGAGUUGCAGAUGCUGCAUUCUCAGAUAGGGUCGGUGAAGUCUGAUGGAGAGCAGCGGAUGAGCGGUCUUGCUGACAAAGUUGCGAAGAUGGAGUCUGAGCUUCGAAAGUCUGAGGCUUUGAAGCUGGAGAUGCAGGAGGCUCAUGCAGAGGCACGGAGCCUGGUCGUGGCGAGGGAGGAACUUAUGUCGAAAGUGCAUCAUUUGACUCAGGAGCUUCAGAAGUCUCGCUCAGAUGUGCAGCAGGUUCCUGCUCUCAUGUCGGAGCUUGAUGGUUUAAGACAGGAAUACCAACAGUGCAGGGCAACGUAUGACUAUGAGAAGAAGUUUUACAACGACCAUAUCGAGUCACUUCAGGCAAUGGAGAAGAACUACAUGACUAUGGCUAUGGAAGUACAGAAACUUCAAGCACAGUUAAUGAACAGUGCAAAUUCGGACAGAGGAGCUGGGAUACAUCCCUCCACCAGCUCCUGGUACUGCAACUGCACCAAAUUCAAUUGUUGGCACAGCUCAAUAUCCUUAUCAAGGAGUAGCUCAACCAGGAGGAUACUUCCCUCCAGGACCUGGUUACUACUUCCCAAGAGGCCCUCCUCCUGGAUCAUCCAACAAUACGCCUUACGGCUCUGCUGCGACAAAUGCUCCACGCUGAAAUCCUAGUCACAGAUGAGUCCACCACCAACUGAGUACAUAGUAAUAACUCGGCAUCGUCAUCCUUUGUUCAACUGUGGGGUUGUUUAUGGUUUGAUUAUCACUAUACAUGGUCAAGAGACAGUGGUUCCUUUGAGUGCUAUUGUUUAUCUAAUUUUGUGAGAGCUUCUUGACUUGAGUUUGUAAGGAGAGACUGUUUUGGACAAGUUUUGCCACUUCUAGCUGUGCUACUCAGAAAUGAAAAAUGGGGGAAGAAACAAAAAAAAGAAGAGAAGAUUUUAACUC